UACAUCAAUGGUUGCUAAUAGAUGCCUAAAAAUAGACAGCGAAAGUCAUUCUCUUCCGUACGGUAGCGGUCAGGAUCAAUAACGUGGAGAGGGACGGAUACACAGCGAUCAGUAGGAUGAUGGCUAUAACGUCCAACUUUGUCACAAUGUGUUUGUAGUUGGCAACUUUAAUCACUGCUGAUUUUGUAUUUUCGUCAUUACAAUUGGUUAAAGUUGGAAUUACUCAACUUGAGUGUACUACGAGUUGCCUGGUUCGGUGCUAUGUGUCUUUUUAGGCUAUUUCGCUCGGAUUGCAGUUGUGAUUUCUUUCGGCACUUUCACUAAAAUGACUGAACGUGUUUGACAUCUAACUGAGUUGAGGCUGUAACUUCAGUAACUACGUGGCACAAGACCGACUAACUGUUACCGAUCGACACACGUGGAAGCUGUGCUGGACUGGACCGCUUGCUCUCUAUGCAGUUUCAUACAAUUUGAUGUUAACACAAUGAAGAUGAGGACGAUUAUCCUGCAGCCCCUGCUGCUACUCAUGAUCAUGCAACACACGGCAUCUGCAUCCAAAGGCGUCACUGCAAGUCUUAAAGCCAAGUGGCAUGCGACUCCUUACCUUUUGGAGACAAGUGAGUUUAUUGGAGAGGAUGGCAAUGAGAAAUUCUGGCAAUUUGUCGACACUGUGAAAGAGCUCACCGCUUACAAGCAAGGAGAUUCUGUCCGAACAUACUACAACCUUAUCAUUAAAAAAGCCAACCAGUUUCUCACGGGUCUUCAAGUGAACUUGCUGAAAUUCGCUCUUUCGCUGCGUUUCUACUUGCCAGCUGUUCACGCCUUCCAGCAGAUAGCCAGCGAUGAACCGCCACCUGAGGCUUGUCCAGCUUUUGUCUCCAUUCACGGCCAACAUAGUUGCAGUCCAAAGAACAUCAAGAAGCUUCUGAAGGCAGCUGCAGGCAGGCCCCAUCCGUAUUUGUACAAGAAUGAUCACAUAUAUCCCGGGGCUAAUAAAACAGACGUCCCAGUCGUGAUCCUGUAUGCUGAGAUCGGUACCAAGGAAUUCACCACCUUUCAUACCGUGCUAUCAGAGAAGGCUGACGGGGGCGCUCUCACGUAUGUGCUGCGUCAUUUUGUGGCGGCUCCAAAGCAACAGAAGAUCCUUUUAUCGGGCUACGGCGUGGAGUUGGCGAUAAAAAGCACAGAGUAUAAGGCAGUGGACGACACCCAAGUCAAUGGUCGGGCUGCAGUUGAUCAAAUAUUGGAGGACGAUGAUAAUGAUGAAGUCCAAGGAUUUGUUUUUGGAACAUUGAAGAAAUCUUAUCCUGAACUCAAGGAGCAACUUGGCGAACUUCGCAAACAUCUACUUGAUAGUACCAACGAUAUGGCCCCUCUCAAAGUGUGGGAGCUGCAAGAUCUCAGUUUCCAAGCGGCUGCCAGGGUGCUGUCUGCAACAAAGUUUGAUGCUUUGAAGGUCAUGCGAGACCUCAGUCAAAAUUUUCCACGCAAGGCAAGAUCACUGACAAGAGUGGCUGUAAAGAACGAGAUGAGAAAAGAAAUUGAGGAGAACCAAAAGCAUCUGAGUGAGACUAUUGGUGUUCACCCAGGAGACAGUGAGCUCUUCAUAAAUGGUCUGCAUAUUGAUCUGGAUGUUCACGACCCUUUUAGCAUUUUGGAGAUCCUCAGAGGCGAGGCCAAGGUCUUGGAAGGUCUUCACAGCCUGGGUGUAAAAGUAGAGCGUCAGGGCACGCUGCUGAGAUUGCCUGUGGACCAUGCGGCAGACAACUAUGCCUUAAAUAUCAGACAUCCAGCUAUAAUGUGGAUGAACGACAUUGAGAAGGACCCGAUGUACAGCAGCUGGCCAGCGGGAUUCCAGGAGCUGCUGAGAACCACUUUUCCAGGAGUCAUCCGACAAAUCAGACGCAAUUUCUUCAACCUGGUUCUGUUCCUCGAUCCGGUCGAGGCGAAAAGUGUCGAGCUGGUGAAACUUGCCGGGCUGUUCUACAAACACAAGAUCCCCCUGAGAAUUGGAUAUGUGUUUGUUGUCAACGCCCAAGAUGAGAUUGAUGGCUUCUCGGAUGCGGGGGUUGGCUUUUACCGACUCCUGAAUUACAUCGCGGACGAGUAUGAUUUAUCCCAGGCCCUGAUAUCCAUGGCCUCGUUGUACAACAGAGUCAAGGACGGGGACACAUUGACGACUGACACAAUCACUGCUUUCCUGAAGAGCAAAUUCCCUAAAGCCAACGCUGAAAGGAUUCUAGGUGCCAAAUCGGAGUAUGAUGGAGGAAGGAAGGACGGCACCCUCUUUUACAGAAAGAGUGGCCUAGGUGCCCUUCCGCUGGCGUUAUUUAACGGCGUCCCCCUGAGCCCAGUUGAGAUGGAACCGGAUGAACUGGAGAGCGUCAUCCUGCAACACAUAAUGGACUCCACCAGCGCCUUCCAGAAAGCUGUUUUCAUGGGUCACUUGACUGAGGGAACAGAUGUGAUGGAUUAUCUCAUGGAGCAAGCCAAUGUGGUACCCAGAAUGAAUCCACUCAUUCUAAGUACAGAGCGGAAGUACUUAGACUUCACUUCUUCUCCAGUUGUAAGUGACUGGGAUGAUGCAACAAUGUUUUCAUUCCUGGACUCCAGAGACAGGACUGCUGUGAUGGCUAAGAGAAUGAAAUACCUGACUAACAAUGAUGAGGACGGCAUGAGCACCGUGACCAUGUGGAUUGUCGGAGAUUUCCAGAAACCCUCGGGAAGAAAACUGCUGCACGCUGCUCUUAAACAUUUGAAAACCAGCCCCGGAGUGCGUGUGGGGGUGAUGGAUAAUCCCGGCGAAAGGCCCAACGAAGAUAACACGGCCGUGUACCGGGCUAUCUGGGCUUCACUCCUCACCCAAAAGAAUAAAGCUGCAGCUGAGUUUGUGCUAAAACUUGCAAGCGAGGAAAGUCACCAACUCCUCCAGCAGGGGACCAAGAUGAAGGACUUGCUGCUGCAGGGCAUGGACACAGACGCCUUUGAGAAGAAGUUCAACACACUACAAAUAGAUUUUGUCCGCAGUCAGCGGCUCUUCUGCCGGGAUGUCCUAAAACUGAGUCCGGGACAGAGGGCAGUCAUCAGCAAUGGCAGGAUCCUCGGACCACUCGAGGAGCACGAGGAAUUCACUGCAGAAGAUUUCCAAUUGCUGGAGAAGAUUACGCGGAGCAGCUCUGCCGAGAAAGUCAAAGCCCAAGUUAAACUGAUGGGGAUGAAGCCAAAGCAUGCCAGCGACCUGGUCAUGAAGGUUGACGCGUUGUUGGCCGCAGCCCCCAAGAGAGAGCUCCGAAGGGAUGUCAACUUUCUCAAAGAGAGCCACAGCGUGUUGCAGCUCUCACCCCGUGAAAACGAAGUGUUCUAUGAUGUGGUGGCCAUCGUUGACCCACUCACCAGGGCAGCGCAGAAGAUGUCCCCCCUGCUGAUUGUGCUCAGUCAAGUGGUCAACUUAAGGCUGCGGUUGUUCACCAACUGCCGGGCCAAGUUGUCUGAGUUGCCCCUCAAGAGCUUUUACUCUUAUGUAUUGGAGUCUGAUGUCACCUUUUUGGCCAACGACUCGGCAUCUCCCGGUCCGGUGGCCCGCUUCACCGAGCUUCCCGAAUCUCCACUUCUCACCCUUAAUAUGAUCACACCCGAGGGAUGGAUGGUGCAGGCCCUCCGUAGCCCCCAUGACUUGGAUAACAUCCACCUUCAGGAGGUGAGCGGGAUCGUGACGGCAGAGUAUGAGCUGGAGCACCUCUUGCUCGAGGGUCACUGUUUCGACCUGUCGACCGGCCAGCCUCCCCGCGGACUACAGUUCACACUGGGCAUGAGUCGAGACCCUCUCAUGUAUGACACCAUCGUCAUGGCUAACCUGGGCUAUUUCCAACUGAAAGCCAAUCCUGGCGCCUGGCUCCUCAGACUGCGUAAAGGACGAUCGGAGGAUAUCUAUCAGAUUCUGUCGCACGAUGGAACCGAUUCCCCAGGAGAUGACGGUGACGUUGUUGUCUUGCUGAAUAGUUUCCACAGUAAGAUUAUUAAAGUCAGGGUGCAGAAAAAGGCAGACAAGAUGAAUGAGGAUCUUCUAAGCGAAACAAGCGAAAGCAAAGGCCUGUGGGACUCCAUAGCAAGGAGAUCUUAUUCAUCGCCGGGCUCCAGACUACAUUAUUAUGCUGUAAGAGCUAGUCUUGCAAAAAAUAUGUGCUUCUGUAGCAUCGCAGGAGGAAGCCCCAAGAAGGAUGCUGGCGAAAAGAAGAAGGAGGAUGUUCUAAACAUAUUUUCAGUGGCCUCCGGUCAUCUGUAUGAGCGCUUUCUGCGGAUCAUGAUGCUGUCCGUUCUCCGCCAUACCAAAACGCCUGUCAAGUUCUGGUUUCUCAAGAAUUAUCUCUCCCCUUCAUUCAAGGAGACCAUCUCCCACAUGGCAGAGUCCUAUGGAUUCCAGUAUGAACUUGUUCAGUACAAGUGGCCACGCUGGCUCCACCAGCAGACCGAGAAGCAACGCAUCAUCUGGGGCUAUAAGAUCCUCUUCCUGGAUGUCCUCUUCCCCCUGGCUGUGGAUAAGAUCAUUUUUGUGGACGCCGAUCAAAUCGUUCGAGCAGAUCUAAAGGAGUUGCGAGAUCUGGACCUGGAGGGCGCUCCUUAUGGUUACACACCUUUUUGUGACAGCCGUACAGAGAUGGACGGUUAUCGAUUUUGGAAAAGCGGCUACUGGGCGUCACAUCUGGGACACAGGAAGUACCACAUCAGCGCGCUCUAUGUGGUCGAUUUGAAGAAGUUCCGCAAGGUUGCGGCUGGCGACAGACUGCGAGGACAGUACCAAGCUCUGAGCCAGGACCCAAAUAGUUUGUCAAACUUGGACCAGGACCUUCCCAACAACAUGAUUCAUCAGGUGGCCAUCAAGUCUCUCCCUCAGGAGUGGCUGUGGUGUGAGACGUGGUGUAAUGACGCCUCCAAAGUGGCAGCCAAGACCAUCGACCUGUGCAAUAAUCCCAAAACCAAAGAGCCCAAACUGACGGCAGCGGCGAGAAUCGUGCCCGAGUGGGUCGACUAUGACAAUGAAAUCAAGCAAUUGCUCAAGGGAAUCCAACAGCGGGAAAAUGUCAAGACGUCUAAACGGACGCGGUCGCAACAAAACGGAGGCCACAAGCGUGAUGAACUUUAGCAAACAGAUCAAGAGAGACACCUGACGAUUGCACGCUCACUGGCAAUGUUAUUUGGGAUAUUUGCCACGUGUGCUGCAGCAGUGAAUUAGCUCCAUCCACGACUGACGUGUUCAAAUAACCAAGAGGGACGUUGCUACUGGCACACUUGGAAGCAUGAAGUAGAGUGAAGGAAAGGUAGGAAAUCAGGAUUGUGUUGGAAUACAUUGCACAGAAAUCCUGUCUAAUUAUUUAUCAUAAAAUUGAAUUUUCUUUCUUUAAAUGCUGGAACAUGCUUGUCCAUUCAUCCGCAAUCAAACCGUCCGGUAUAUUGACCAUCAUAGUUCUUACAAAGUAUGUCAACAGAAAACCACUACAAGAAAAAGAAGGAAAGUUAUGAGUAAUGUUGGCGAAUGCAUAUUUUUGAUUGACAUUUUCUGCAUGUUACGAGAAACAAAACAUGUAACAAACAAAACAAGUAUGAGAAGUAGUCGAUGUUUUCCAAAGGAAAAAAAAAUCACAAAAUUAACCUUUACAUUUUUUUAAAUAUUUUUUAUUUUUUUAUUUAGAAUGAAUCGUCAUACUUACCCGUUUGCUAUUCAACACUAAAAAGUCCUUUCCAGUCGUUGCCUAGCAACAGCCCCUGCACAAAAAGACUUUUAAAGAUAUAGAUAUUGAUAUCAAGGCACAUUGUUUGUCCUUAACAUGCUUUUUAUCAUAUUUCCCUUAAAAAGUGGCUAGUUGGGAGUUUUUUUACGCAGUCCUUUAGAAGGAGGCGUCUAUUCGAGAGGAGGCCUUUAUUUGUACAUUUUUGUGUGGAUUGUUCGACAGUUGUUACUUAACGGUGGGAUCGCCAGCCAAUCACAGCGCUCAUGUCAAAGCAAAGCCAGUAUGUGCAAAACUAGCUCGCAUAAUAGAACUUGACAGGGUUACUGGUUUAUCAUGUUCAGUGUGUACUUUUCUAACUUAUUACAUUGCAUCUUUGUUACAUAUUGUCAUCUUGCUAAAAUAAUGGCCCAAGUCAUUUCGUCAGAAAACAAAACAGCCAAAUACGGAUAUUCAUUUCAUUUCAGAGGUAGAAUUGUAUGAUCUCUUCAGGAUCAAGAGGCAAAAAAAGCCAUUAUUUCAGAAGGUUUUGUUACUCAGUAUUAUGCUCUCAGGAAUGAAUAAUGUUUUUCAGCUUGGCCAAAGUCUUAAAUAAAACCGCAAGUGGUCCACA